AGAUAUCUCAUUGAAGCAGCACCGAACUCAACCAACUGAAUCCCACCUUGUUCUUCCCAAAACGUUAUGUAGAAACAAAAUCUCAGUCUCAGCCCAAUUCUCGACUCCAGAUCUAGACUCCCGCAUUUUCUUCUCCAGACCAUGGAAGCUUUCACUGCCGAAGAUCUGUCGACUAUAGGAGGGAUUGCCACCGUUUCCCUCUUGCAUUCCUUCAUCCCUACCCAUUGGCUUCCCUUCUCAAUCGUGGGUCGCGCCCAGAAAUGGACCCUUUCCCGUACCCUUCUCGUUACUGCAUUUGGAGCAGUUUUGCAUGUAAUAUCCACUUCACUUCUCGGCAUAACAGCUAUCACUAUGGCAAACACGAUUGCUGGUGAAGAAACAGUGCACAAACUUGCUUCCCUUCUGCUUGUGUUUCUUGGCGGUGGCUACAUCUUGUUGUUUUUGACUGGAAAGGGUGGCCACAGUCAUUCUCACAACCAACCCAUGGAGAAAAUGGCCGUUGCUGGACUCAUUCUUGUUCCUGCAUUGUCCCCUUGUGCAACCACUCUUCCAGUGUUUCUAGCUGUUGGGAAUUCAUCUUCUAUGAUGAUACUUGCCAUCAUAGUACUGCUGUUCAGCACUAUAACGGUGAUGACUUCACUGGUUGCUCUAUCAUUUUAUGGUGCCAGCCAGCUCAAGUUUCACUGGGUGGAACACUAUGACAAACUUCUUGUAGGCUCUGUUCUAUGCUUGGUAGGGAUCUUGACUCUCAUUUUCCAUGAUCAUGACCACGAUCACAGUGGAGGAGGUUCCACCGAUGCACUUCUGCAUAGGAAAAUCAUUACACUCUAAUGAUUCUAAUAUUCUGCAAAAUAUAUGUUUUGAAGGAACACUUCAGGUAAGAUCUUUGUCUGAUCUGAAUUACAUGAUACUGCCUGGUGUAAUGUAAUGUAAUGUAAACACUCACCGUGCCAUUAGUUGAUAAUGAAAUUGUUCAUCGUUA